AUGGGCUCAUCCUCAUAUGACCGCGACAAAGUCGUUUCUUCAGUUUCAAACCUGUACAAGCUUUUAACUAAGCUCCCCUAUGUUGACCCUGAAGCCCUUGUCUAUCCACCAACCGUUGAAAACAAAAACGGCUGGACCGGAAUCAACGAGACGGAGCUCCGCAAGCGUGGAAAAACCGACAGGAUCGUCGACUUACUACGCCAUUUACCAUACCUAAGGCAACCCAAAGGCAAUAAUGAAGCUGAUAACCAUACGGCGGGAGACCAUAAAUGGAUGAUUAGCCCAGGUACCGUCACAAUCGCUUACUGCGAUGGAGACGUGUACGAUGAAAAGAUGGACCAAAUACAGCCCACACCGGAUCACUGUAUUUGGCUUACAGACCUUGCAGGUGGUGAUGAUGGGACGGCAUUGCUGUUAGAUUCGCAUAUCGGCACGAUAACCGAAUACUCGAAACUGGGGCAAAAUAUUGUGAUAAGCCCCUCAGACUACCAAGAAUUACCACUAGAGGACCGGUGGAUGGCUCAUACAACAAUAGACGUGGUAGAAUUCUUUCACAUGUGGGAGAGAAAAUAUGAUAUCCUGGACUGGAUGGCAGUAUAUCAUGAGAAAGGCAAAGCUGGCACGGCUUUGUGGUAUUGUGAUAUGAAUACCAACUUAUACGAAGAUUCAGCGGAGUCUGAUGAUGAUAGCUAUGUCCCGGAUUCAGAGGAAGACUACUCUUCGAGUGAUGACAAUGAAUACGAAUGGGAUAGCGAGUACGAAAGUGAAACUGAGUACAACAUUUCAGAUGGAGAAGAUUCUUCUGAAUAUCAGGGCUCGAAGGGUGACCUACAGUGGUUCAAGAGUCAUGCCCAACAGGAAGAUAGCAGUAUGCUUAGGGAACAAACAUCGGCGGUCUUCGGCAUUCAUGUAAUGAGUGGCUGGCCAGCCAAUUUCGACAGAGAAAUGUGUCAGAAGCAGUUGGCAGAAUAUGUGGACCGCACCGAGAAUCUGGCACGAUGA